CUCGAGCUGGUGGAGGCGGCCGUGGCCGACGCGCGCGCCAACGCCGACCGCAACGGCGUCGCCAACUGUAAGUUCUUCGCCGGUCGCGCCGAGGCGCUGCUGCGCGUGCUGCUGGAGCGCGGCGAGGUGGCGGCUGGCCGCGCCGUGGCCGUGGUCGACCCGCCGCGCGCUGGGCUUGGCCGCGAGGUGACGCAGACGCUGCGACGCACCGAGGCGCUGCGGCGCGUGGUGUACGUAGCGUGUGACCUACGUCAGGCGCUACGCAAUCUGCUGGACCUAGCGCGGCCAGAGAGCAACCAGUACGUCGGCUACCCUUUCGUGGUGCGCCGGCUGGUGCCGGUCGACCUGUUUCCGCAGACGCCGCAUGUUGAGGUGGUAGCGCUACUGGAGCGCUGCGACCCGGAGCUCUGGCGGCAGAUGGAGGAGGCUAAGGUUCCGGACGCGGCGGAGGGAGGGCAGCACGCCGCUGGGGCGGAGGGCGGCGGGCAGGCGACGCUAGCGGAUGGCGCGGAGAAGGAGGCGACAUCGGCGGACGGCGAAUCAGAGGAAGCGGCCAUCAAAGACAGCGACAACAGGGAGGGCGCCCCAACUGACGGGGCGACGGAGCAAGCGGAGCCAGCGGACAGUGAUGCACGGCGGGAGGCUGCAGCGGAUGGUGAUGCACAGCGAGAGGCUCCAGCGGAUGGUGAUGCACAGCGAGAGGCUCCAGCGGAUGGUGAUGCACAGCGAGAGGCUCCAGCGGACGGUGAACCGAGGGAAGUGGCAUCGGCGAACGAUCAGCCAAUGGAAGCGGCGUCAGCAGACACGUGAUAAGGUGGUGGGGUGAUCAUGCUGUUUGUGAAAGGGUUUUACGGGCAAGACACCCGGGACUGUUCGACUUUGUCGGGCAGCGUUUGCUCGUUUAAUCUGUGGUUGAAAAAUGUUUCCAGUGCCGCCCCGUCGUUCCCUCCAGUUUUGCUCAGACCCCGGGUUUCGGUCCCUGCGCGCAGUGUAGCAAAUAUGCGGGUCGCCCUUUCGUUCGCUUUUGUCCAUGCAUUGUUGUUGAAUCUAUUUACCCGUAAUGGGCAUUGUUGCGUGUUUCUGUGAGGGGUCGCGAUCGGGUCAUUGGUGCUUCUGCUGCUGGUGCUUCUCUCCUGUUUUGCCACUGGAUCGGACAGGCGGCCGUGUGGGGCCGACACGCGGUGCGCGGUGGGCUGCAUGCAGUUCGACGUCCAGAACCAAACAAGGAGCGCACCAUUCAGAGGCGCCAUCAGGAUUUGGACCCUGGAAAGGGGAGGGCGCCACUGGAGAUAUGCGGGGUUCGAACUGAUGUAUUGGAAGGGAGAUCGAUGUUAAAAUGAGGUGAGAGGUAGGGUCGACCGAUACCCGACUGUUACGUGUUUGAAUGAUCAAAAUAGUGCGAUCGGCGAUGC